CUAGCUGAUCACUAGUAGUUCUCUUCUUCAUCACCAGGUGGAUCUUGCAGCUAGCUGUUGCACUUGCAGUUUCUCUGCUUAGAGUUGACAUCUUGAUUAGGCAUCGCGUGUAGUAGGAGAUGGCAGGAAGACGGGUGAACGUGGCAAUGGUGCUCUUGAUAGCUCUGCAUGGGCUGCUGCCAUCGUCCACCAACGCCGCCCUGCAGGACGGCUUCUACAGCACCAGCACCAACUGCACCGUCGACGUCGAGGCCGUCGUGCGGGGCGUCGUCGAGCAGCACGUCUCCCGGUCCGGCGACGGUGGCUCCGGCGCGGGGCUCAUCCGCCUCCACUUCCAUGAUUGCUUUGUCAAGGGCUGUGAUGGCUCCGUCCUCAUUGAUCCGAGCCCCGUCAACCCGGACCCCGAGAAGGCCUCGCCGGCGAACGGCGGCCUCCGCGGGAUCGACGUGGUGGAGGAGGCCAAGAGGCAGCUGGAGGCCACGUGCCCCGGCACCGUGUCGUGCGCCGACAUCCUCGCCUUCGCCGCCCGCGACGCGGCCUACGUCCUCAGCUCCGGGGCGAUCAGCUACGACGUCCCCUCAGGCCGCCGCGACGGGCUCACCUCCGACGCGUCCGACGCCAGCCAGAGCCUGCCGCCGCCGUUCGCGCAGCUCGACGACCUCGUCCGCGCCUUCGCCUCCAAGGGCUUCGGCAUUGACGAGCUCACCAUGGACCCGAGCUACGGCGCCGACAUGCGGUCGCGGUGCCCCGAGGACGCCGGGGCGGAGGAACGGGUCGAGCAGGACCAGGCGACGUCGGGAGACCUCGACGGCCGGUACUUCGAGAACGUGCUCGCCGGGAGGGUGCCCUUCAACUCGGACCGGGCGCUGAUCGACGACGGCGAGACGAGGCGGAUGGUGGAGGAGAACGCGGGGGACCAAGUGGAGUGGGCGGCCAAGUUCGCUGCCGCCAUGCGGAAGAUGAGCGAGCUCACCGGCACCGCCGAGGGCGAGAUCAGGGAGUUCUGCCACGUGACAAACAGAGGCUAG